AUGGGAGUUCCAGAGCAAAGUCUCAAACCGGUUGUGGCUGAAGUGCCUCCGGUCCAACAAACAGGCAAUGACUCCGGAUCUGAAGGUGCUAUUACCCCGGUCGCGAGCAAUCCAAAGGACGACAUUGAUCCCAAGGAGGAGAGAGCUUUUCUUUGGCGCCUGGACUUGUUCUUCUUGACAAUCGGUUUCUUGGGCUACAUGUUUAAAUACAUUGACCAGACAAAUAUUAGCAAUGCGUACGUUUCAGGGAUGAAGGAGGACCUUCAUCUUGUCGGAAACGAGCUUAACUACUUUACGACAUUCUUCAACAUCGGGUACAUGAUUAUGCUGUACCCAUCGUGUAUCAUCAUCUCCCACUUUGGCCCCUCGAGGUGGCUGCCGGCAUGCGAACUCAUCUGGGGUGUUCUCACCUGCUGCCUUUCACUUGUCACCAGCGCGAAGCAGGUCUACGGCCUACGCUUCCUCAUUGGUUUCUUUGAGGGCACCGCUUGGCCUGGCUACUUCACUCUCAUCAGCCAGUGGUACAUGCCUCAUGAGGUAGCUCUCCGUAUGAGUCUUUACAACAUUGCUCAACCGGCCGGGGCAAUGCUGUCUGGUGCGAUGCAAGGGGCGCUUUCAACCAACUUUGAGGGUCUCCAUGGACGUUCUGGCUGGCGCUGGGCGUUCAUUAUCAACGGUGUUUGCACCAUAGCAGUAGCUCUCGCUGCCUUUUUCAUUCUCCCCGGCUAUCCCGAACGUCCGAAUCCCCUCGCAAAGUUCUACUUGAAGCCGAAGCAUAUCGAGAUAGCCCUAGCCCGUGCUCGUAGGGUGGGCCGAAAGCCUCAAAUUGGCAUCACGAUCAAGUCGUUCUUGCGAUGCUUCAGCUUUUGGCAACUGUGGGCAUUUGCUAUCGCGUGGCCCAUUGGCGGUAACUCUACGCCAGCAAAUUACUUCAACCUGUGGCUCAAGUCUUUGAAGAACGCAGAUGGAUCAGUCAAAUACUCCGUAGCCAUGCUCAACUAUUUGCCGAUCAUUGGACAGGCAGUCCAGCUCGUGGCAGAGCUACUAUUCAGUGGCCUGAGUGACUACUUUGGUGUUCGACUGCCAUUCUUACUUCUUCACUCGGUCAUCAACAUCAUUUCGCAGGUCAUUCUCAUCGUGCGACCCAGCAACCAACAAACCUACAUGGCUGGUUGGUACAUGAACUACGUCGGAGCCGUCUCCACGAUGCUACUGUGCUCUUGGGCGUCAGCGCACCUCCAAGGCGAGCCCGAGGUGCGCACCGUCCUAUUCGCCAGCGGGACUGUUCUCGCUUAUAUCAUGAGCGCCUUCAUUCCCAUUGCCGCGUUCCCGGCAUCUGAGGCCCCGCAUUGGCGCAUCGGUGCCAAGUUGUACCUCGCCUUUGCCUUGGUUUCCACUGCGAUUUUCGUUGGAAUCCACUUUGCUUUCAAGUGGGAGGAGAAGAAGAAGGCGAAGCAAGCAGUCAAGGAGGACCCGACAGGUGAGCCGGACAACGCGAAUUCGGGUGUCAAGUCUGUGACGUACGGAGGACCCGACAGCGCCAUUGCUGGCAAAGAGUCACUAGGAAAGUUUCAAGACAAACCCUGA